UUAGUUGCUCUUGUAGUCCGGCAGAGUCUGCUGUAGCAGUAGUAUUGCACAGCGCGAGCAGAGGCAACUGAAUAGAGAACCUGACUACCACAAAGCUAUAGGCUACUUCCACGGAGCGUUAUCUGGGGAGAUCCACUGCAGCGGAUUUAUACAAGAUAUUUUGCUAAGCAGUCCAAGCGCAAUGCCAGAAGAGGGGUCGGAGAGGUUAACUCCUCAGGGGGUCCCAUACAAAGAUAUCCCGCAUAUUAUCAACGCGGAUGGACAGUACUUGUUCUGUAGAUACUGGACACCGGACAGUCCACCAAGGGCACUUGUCUUCAUCGCACACGGUGCAGGGGAGCACUGUGGAGGCUACACCAAUUUGGCGAAGAAGUUCACAGAACAUUCCAUACUGGCGUUCACACAUGAUCAUGUGGGUCACGGGCAGAGCCAGGGAGACCGGAUGGUGAUCUCCGACUUCCAAAUCUUCAUCAGGGACACCUUACAGCACAUCGACAUCAUGAAGAAGAGCCACCCAGACCUGCCUGUGUUCUUAGUGGGACAUUCCAUGGGAGGAGCCAUCUCCAUCCUGACAGCAUGUGAGAGACCGAGUGAGUUUGCUGGCCUGGUGUUGAUCGCGCCGAUGAUCACCAUGAAUCCAGAAUCAGCGACCCCUUUUAAGGUGUUCCUUGCCAAGUUUCUGAAUCAUUUGCUACCAAGCCUGAGCUUGGGGAACAUAGACUCCAAAUGGAUCUCACGAGAUGAGAAAGAGGUGGAAGCGUAUGAUAGCGAUGAGCUGAACUACCACGGAGGGAUGCGCAUCUCCUUUGGGAUGCAGUUAAUGAGAGCUGCCGCCAAGAUCGAGAAAGCCCUGCCUGACAUCUCCUGGCCUUUCCUGCUGCUCCACGGAAACGCAGACAAACUCUGUGAUAUCAGCGGCUCCCAGCUGAUGUACGAAAAAACACAGAGUCAGGACAAAGCACUGAAGGUGUAUGACGGCGCUUACCACGCUCUGCACCAUGAACUCCCCGACACGGCCAGCUCCGUUCUCCAAGAGCUCAGCAGCUGGAUUCUCCAGAGACUGCCAGAAGGAAACCCAGUCCAAUCCAAAGCACAAGCAGAUGUUGCUUUUUCAGCAUGAAGGAUUUCUUUGCAUUCACGUUACUGUUAUAUAUUGAAACUGGCAGCUAUUCACACCACUCAGCAAGCCCCUUGUAUAUAGUUUUUCAUAUAGAGUGGAUUUACUAAUACACGUGGUGUCAGUCUGACUGGGACAUGGCAUGGCUUUGUGUUUGGAAAGGAUGGUGAUGGGAACUCGCAAGAUAGCAUGUUCAGACUGGAUCAAGUGUGUGUUAACUAGUUUUAAGCCUUUUCUGUUAUAAAUGUGGGAAGUUGUUUUAGCCAUGGAAACAUAGCCUUUAUGGUACUGUCUUGCUAAACACACAAGGUGAUGAGGUUAAAAAUGUUCGCAGUGAAAAUUAGACACAAGUAUACAUCUGAGUGACCUUGAGGUAUCUCAGUGGCCAGUCUAAUAUGUGAAGGUCAGUGCAAUGACUUUGAUUAUGCACUACAUACAACAGCAACUCAAUGUUCUGAGAGCAAACUUUAUACCGGUAAUUGUAUGAAGACAUUGAUGGUCUAAAUGUUUGUCAAAAGAGUAACAAGUACAUCUAAAAUAUAAUAAUAAACUAAAUUAUACUUUUUGUUUAGAGAUAAAUGCAGGAAACAACAUUGUUUUAUCCAUAGUUAUACAUGGCUGGUUUCACAGCCCCUGAUUAGCAUUAAUCUUGGACUCCCUUACAAAAGUUUCCCAUAGCAAAAGCAUAGUGAAAGCAUGGCAAAGUAUAGGUAAGCAUUGUAACGAUUAGUGAGGUAUGGUAAAGCAUGGUAAAUGCUGAGUGUAACCCUGGGAAAAGCAUGGGAACUGCAAAAUACUGUGCAAAAAUACUGUGAAACUUUUAUAAGGACUACCUUACCUGAGAUAACAUUAGGUAGUCCAAGAUUAGUGCUAAAAAACCAGCUCAUAUUGUAUAUUUACAUGUUCAUUAAAUAUUUCAUACAUCACAUUAUUUUUAUAUAAAGUUAUCAACUCAAUUGGUUUCCAACACAGUGCUUGUUUCAUAUUGUUUCUUAUUGACUGUUUUUUCAUCUGUGUAUUACAUGCUUGUCUGUAAAUAAUGUUGCUUAUUAAGUUGUGUGUCUUUACUUAAAUACAUGUAUUUCUGAUGUCUUGGAAAAACAUAUGUAACGUAACACUGUUUAUAAACUCUAUGGCAUUUUACAAAUAUGUAUUUAAAAAAUAUAAUAACAAUAUACUUGAUCUUAUACAAGCAAUAUUAAUGGUCUCACUCGAGUACUUACUCUACCGUCCAAAACACAAGGCUGGCAAGGUCCCAGUUCAUGCUCCAUAUCUUCAUUAUAAUGAGAACGACUGUGUUCAUAAAGCAGCAGUGAAGGUAGUGUAUAGCAAGCCACUUCAUUGCUUCUUGAAUACAGUCCAAAAGUUACAGUACUGUUCCUCUUAAGGCAGCAUUUGAAUGAAGUCUCUUUGAAAAGCCUUGCCUCUUGCUGGGAAUUAAUAUCAGCAUGAUUUUAUAAAUGUGUACUAUACUAUUUGUUUAUUUAGCUUGCAUAUAAUAUCAUUAUAUCAGCAGAAUUACUGUUCUCUGGUUUGCAUGCAACUCCAAAAAGGAUGUGUGGAAGUUCUUUUUUAUUAUGUGGAUCAGUAACUAGGACGUUUAGAUAAAGCAUUGAUGGCACAGUCUGCAACUGAUUUAAGUUAGGUAUCUGAGUGCUAUACAACAAAAUGAUACAUUAGUCACAACGUAAAAAUGCCUGUAUGAAAAUAUAUAUAUAUAUAUAUAUAUAUAAUUUAUAUAUUAAUAUUGACUGUCAGUCCAUGAAAUGCCUGUAUAUGUAUGUACCUGCCAAGAAUGAAAUGUAUGUUAAUAUAAAAGGAUAUUAAUGUUUGUUUAUAUGAAUAUAUGUAUUUAUUCAACACAUAGUUUUAACACAUUUUAAAGGUUGUUUGUAGAAAGUCUAUACAUGUUAAAUUUUAAAAGAUGUCCUUGCGUUAUCAUUCACUACCUAUGAAUCUAUAUAUAUAUAUAUAUAUAUAUAUAUAUAUAUAUAUAUAUAUAUAUAUAUAUAUAUAUAAUGUGUGUGUAUGUGUGAGAUAAUCCACUGUUUGAGUGCCAUUAGGUACAAUCAGUGUUGCAUUAUUUGAACAGUGAUUCACCACGUUUGAGUUGUUUUAUUUAGUUACUGUCAUUGCCGAGUGUCAUUGUUAUCCCACCUCUUAGCAAUUAAACCACGUUAGUAUAAACAAUUUAAUUGAUUUUCAGAUAAGAAAGUGAGCAAUUGACAACUGCUGACGAAAAUGAACCAAUGAGCUCAUCAAAGAAUUAGGUCAUACAUAUAUAGUAUUUUUCAUUUGUUUUGGUUUGAUUUAUAUAAUAGCAACGCACUGUUAUGUAUAUAUUGUAACUGAGUUUAUGUGGAAAAUAAAACCUAUAAACUAAUAAGGAGUCUUGGCAGUCAUUUCCUUUAGCUGCAAUACCUAGUGUGUUAAUAGAGGAAGAUAAUAAUGGAACUCGAGGGAGUUCCAUCAUUACCGAGGAACAUGUCACAGCAAUGCCAUUAUCACUG